AUGCCGCCAUGGAAGAAGCAGAAGACCGCCUCCAAACCAUCCUCUUCUUCCUCCACUUCCAAACCCACCUCCUCCUCCCGCUCGACGCGUAGCCGAACCCGUUCCGCCUCCGUCGCCUCAACAAGCGCCCCCGUCAGCAAACCAAAGAAGAAGGCCCAACGCAAAGUCAAGGCGGAACCUCAGGAUGAUCUCGUUGAUCUCACGCAGGGAGAAGCGUUGCCGCAGGUGUGGGACGGUGAGCCGCAGAUGGAGUGUUGGGUGGAGAUCCCUUCCAUGCCGGAGCCACGGUCAAAAGAGGAUGCGUUGAGGUUCAUCAAACCCAAGAACAAGAAGGCGUGGGGGGAGAAGGGAAAGCACAAGGAGUAUGCGGAUUCGUUGGUCUGGCAUGUGGAUCACCAGCAGGAUGCCGAUCCGUUUUACUUUGAUGUCGAGGACAUGAGCGACGCUGAGCGGGAGCAGCAUGUAGUCGCUGUCAGGCCAACCACCAAAUCAGGCAAAGGCAGCGCUUCGGUCUCGGGCUCAUCGUCAAAGAAGAAAAAGUCGCAGACAGCAUCUCCCUCCGCUUCAUGCAGGCCUGCCGAAGCAAGUGGCAGCAGAAACCACAGCAGAGCACCGAGCGUCUCACGAGCAGCAUCACAGUCGCACAACACACCCCGCGUGGCGCUGCAGCCUCCGACCAGCGACGAUCUCGAGGACAUGUUCCUCGGUAGCAACGAUGCCACCGCGUUGGAUCAGGUCCAGGAUGCCGAUCCGCUCUUCUUCGAGGGCGCCUCGGACCAGGAGGACAGGUUGAGGAACGGCACACCUAUGCAAUCUAAGACCGCGCAACGGCCCAGGGUCAAGCUGUCACCGACCUACGGUGACAGGAUCGCACAAGGCUCUGCUGCUCGCUCGAGGUCGUCUACUCCACGACCUGCGAAGCAAUCGUCGAGGGGCCGCAAUGACAGUAUACACGAGAACAACGCAACGACUAGCGACAAAGGAAAGCAGAAGGCCAAAGACAAGGCGGAUAGGAGUGGCGAAAAGCACAAGCAGACUGUUAUCAAUAUUGACAGCGAUGCAGAGGACCGUGGUAAGGGAAAGCGAAAGAAGGACGACAUCGACAACCUCCGCUCGGAGCUCAACGAGGAUGCCUUUGCUCGGUCCACGGGGCCAAGGCACAAGGAGGUGUAUCGAAAUCAGCUCGCCAAAUUUGCAGAAGCGCGCAAGAAGGCGCGCCAGGAACGCGGCGAAAGCGUCACAUCGGGUUCAGAUGAGGAUGGUGAAGGGGCAGCAGCGAGGAGCAGGCGGAAACGGGCGAUGACGGUGUCCAGUGGAAGCGAUACGAGCGACUCGGACAGCGACGGCGGCGACAGUGAUAGCGAUAGCGAUAAUGGCAGCAGCAGCAGCAGCAGUGCGGACAGCAGAGACUUCAUCGUGGCAGACGACGAAGUCGAGUACGACGAAGGGUUUCAACCGGAAGCCGAGGAAGAAUCGAUGCACAGCAGAUUGGCGCAAGCACCAUCUGCACCUGCAAGUCGACCGACUGGGAAAGGACGCUACGCACGCGAUUCGGAUGGUCGCGUUCGUCUCGUCCCCAUCUCUUCGCAAGCCGCAGCUGCCAGCGGCAUCUCCUCUUCGACCUCCGUGCUCGCUGCGCACGGUCUCGGUGGAGCAGUCGGCGGACGCAAGGGACUCGACGAGCUGUGUCUCGACUGGAUCGAGUGGGCCGCCGCGCGCGUGCUCGUCACCUGGUCCUCGCUGAGUCUAGCCGAUCGCGAGCGGCUGGAACGCAACCGGGCUGCGCUGAAAUCGCGCGUGCGGUCUACCGAGGAGAGCGUCGGCAGCGUGGUGAUGCGCAGGCAGUUCAAGUGGUACUUGACGCAGUAUCCGAAGAUGGAGACGGAGGCGUUGUUCAGCGAUGAGGUGGAUAGGUAUGGGACGAUGGCGAAGAAUGGUUGUGGGGUGUGUCAUAGGAAGUCGCAGAAGGCGCAGGUUAGGGUGACGUUCACGGGGGAGAGGUAUAACCAGGAUACGCUUGCGCCGCUCAAAAAGCGCGGUGGACUCAAGUCGCCCGCCUCGGACGCUGAGAGCGGAUCUUCUGACGACAGCGAUAGCGAUACGGCCAGCGAUCGAAGCGACGAGGACGAAACGUGGGUCGAGCCAUCCACGGACCCGCAAAACGAUCGUCCCACCUACACGUUCGACGCCGGUGCACACUGCGCCCAACGAGCAGUCGUGAUGCACCAACUGCAUCACUGGGAAUGGACCACCAUGCAGACGCUCGCGAAGCACGAUGCCAUCCGCUACAUCCGCCGGUUGCUGUGGAGGAAGAACAAGGCGGGUAGAGGGAAGGAUGGGAAGAUGGGCUGCGGUGCGUGGGAGGUGGCGUCGGCGGUGAGCGAGAUGAUUGCGCCGACGGGGAGGUGUGUCUGGGGAAAGGAGAAGGGAAGGGCGAAGAAGGGGACGAGUGAGUUGGAGAGGUUGAGGAGGAGGUUGAAGGGGUUGAAUGAGCAGGCGAUCGAGGUGAAUGGUGCGAGGUGA